AGAAGUAAGUCCUAAAUAUAUUUUUGUUUUUAUAUUUGCUAAGUUUCUUUUGUUACUAAGUUGUGAUGUUUCUAUGUUUGACGACGGGCCUGUCAUUGAUGCCAUUGUGUGGCACGAUGGAGAAGUAUGGACGGCUGCUCUUGACACACACAGUCUUGAAGAUGAUCUGGAUUCUGGGAAACUUUAUAACUUUAUCCCCUUGACUAAUCAUAGGCUACUGGGUUUCAGUAUAAGAAGCUCUAGCAGUGUGGUGGAUUUUUUGUUUUUUAUAAGUAGCGUUGAGGUUGAUAUUACUGGUGGAUCGUUAAGUUCUCAGGCUCUGCUGAAGCAGGAGGCAUCCAUUGCAUCGCCAAAAAGCACUACACUCAAAGCAGACACGCUAUUUCUUUUCCCUCUUAUGUAACUAUUAAUAUAUAUGGAUGCUUGAUUAUCCAGAUGCUUGGUUACUAUGCUACGAAUGGU